AUGGCUGAGGAAACGCCGCCGGAUGAUCAUGCAAGCCCCGGAGGCAAACUAUUCAACACUGCAAUUUCCGAUUUCGCUUCCACCUAUGUCAAAGCAGAAUUGCGUCAGUUGACUCGCGAGCGAGAUGAUGCCUUGGCGCGAAGUCAUGUUCCUAAGCUGCGAGCACUGCUGAGAGAGGUGGACAUGGAGCGUCAGGCCUUCGACCAAGAUAAGGAAAAGCUGAUCAGAGGUUUGCGUAAGAAGUUGGAACUCCUUGAGGUCGACCCGGACAUUAUUGAAACAACAAUCUCCGAACUCACUCCAAUGAUGCCCAAGUACCUCAGUAUUAUUCCAAGUGCUUCGACCCUGACAAUACGCCCCCCAACGCCUUUCUUGUCGCCUAUUCGCGACAACUAUUUUAGCACUGUUCUUGACGCCGAUCUCUUAUCAGGUGUACCCCCCUCGGCUUCGCAAAUUCUCGACCAGGGAGCCGCCAAUAUGGUCAAGGAACGUUGUUCAAGCCCUACGAAUAUCAACGUAUCACCUACCACGGGUCCAAAAAUCGUUCACCGAAUACAGGACCAGAUCUUAUCUGAGAGCUCUGCUGUUAAUAAAACCCCCAAGCGAGCUGGAUUUGAUGGAGAUGGAAACACAAGCGCAAAGAGACGGAGAGUAGAUAGCGGAAAGGUUCUAAGCCAUAUACAAUCUGACAUUUUCCGAAAGAUUGCGUUUCCAAAUUUGGAGACAGGGGAACGUAUUUUUCGUCAUGUGAAUCGUCCUGGUUUAUUUGUCAUUCGAUGUAAUCGAUCCAACUGUCAGGCUGGAUUCUUCACGGAUCCACCUCUAGCCUAUAACAGAGCUUUGAAGCAUUUCCAAAAUCACGGGGAGACAGGGAAAGAUGGGGAUGAAUUAACUAACGAGUAUAUUUUCGAAAACUUUGCCUGCGAAAUCGAGGGUUCUAGCAUGGUCUCCAAGUAUUGGAUUAAGGAGCAUCUUGGACCAUCGCCGCAUACAUGUGCGUAUAAACAUUUUGCUCAUAUACCUUGA